AUGGCGGAGAAGAAGUUUUCCGGUGAAUCGGAAAAGGCGUUUUCAGAGACGGAGAUGGAAGCGGCGGAGCAGCUGGUGCAGCUGAGCGAGGAGGAGACGACGGUGAGCUGUAGCAGCAGCUGCAGCGGCGUUGGACAUGGCGACAAGACAAGACAUGAAGACGUCAGCUCGAGGACCAGUAACGAUAGAAUGGUGGGGAUCGAACAAAACGGCGCCGUACGAGGGAAUAUUCCCGGUCGGAUGGGGACGUCGUCGGGGAAGAAGACGAAGAGGGUUCGGUCUCUUGAGAGUAUUUACAGAGCGACGAAGAAGAUCCGAUCGAGUUAG